AUGGACGAAGUCAGUUAUCCCCAACAAGCGGCAGUAGCUGCGGAAGCACGGGACUCCGAACACUCCGAAAGAGCCUCCUUGAACCAAGCGUCGCAGAAAACGUCAAACACAUCCGGGGUUGCUAGAUCGUCGUCACAGAAACGCUCACGGCUUUGGAAGACUCCCGCAGCACUGGCUGCCCGCCGACGGAGCACCAAGAAGAGGAGAACAACGACAGCGAUCCCAACAAUCAUGACGACGCUGCCGUCGCUUAGUCGCGGUCGGACUAGAACCCUCCGGAAGGGGACCUCCUUGGCAGCUUCCCAUGACUCCCUCGCACAACAAGACCCUCUACUCGAAUACACACGAAACCUCUCGCAACAUUCUCAGCACAGUUGCAGUCCAGGCGGCAAACGGAAAAAUGCCUACCACCACCCGGCAUUGCAACGCACAAAUUCGCAGUCCUCUCUUUGGUCGGAUGCUACAUCCGGUUCGGAUGAAGACGACCGCCGAGAACAUCUCGAAGUUCGCUCGAAUGAAAGUUGGAGCAAGAACCUUUAUGGGCAGGAGGAAAUCGACCUGGUGGAUGCAUACGCAGAUGAGGCUUUUGAAGGGACCGACUCCAUCGGCGGACUACCUGCCCUCCCCUCACUGAAGCCACCUCGCAAAGUGCGGAAUCGUCGAUCGAUCAUGCUGCUGGACGAGGUCAUCGGGGAUGUGAUUUCCUUCAAGGAGGAUGUUGGAUACGACCCUACACUUGGGCGGUAUGGGAAGCACAGGUCGCACCCUGUCUACCCUGUCUAUCUAGAAGACGACGCCGUGCGUGUCAAACCCAAUAUUUCCGUGACGGAUCUGUCGUACCGUCGGUCGUUCGAGUUUGGAGAUGAGGCGGCCAAAACGGGUGUGAUGACCCAACUUCCUCCCCGCGCACAAUCGCUCGCGCCUACAGAGACCUCAUCUGAAAAUGUCUCGCUGCCAGAAGACCGAUCCGUCGCCGCAACACCACCACAUUUCGGAAAGACCCCCGACGUUCCAACCCUCCUCACACCACCCGCAAGCCCCAAACGCGACAGCCAGGACCCCCUCUCAACCGCCGCACACGUCACACCGGUAGUCGUAGUCGACUCAGAACCGCUCCGCGACCUCGACUCCGCCUACAGCUCGCUCGACAGGAAAGCUCGUGAACAGAAACGUCGCUCGUCCGGCGCAACCCACUCUUCUGACGAUGCGUACACGCCCUCAACCGUUUCCGAUGACCAACCGCCCGCUACCACCAUCCAACAACCCGUCACCACUUCCCUCGAGCUCCCUAACAACACCAGCGUCGUGGGCUUGGAUAGGAUGUACCGGCCGCCCAUCGGACCUCGCUCGAGCUCCACGAGCAUCAACGAGGGCGGCCCGGGCGUUACGAACCCCGCCGCGGCUGCCGCCGCAAAAUCGAAAGCGGCAGCUGCGAAGGCCAGCACGAAGAAGGAGACAAAGGCGAAUAGCCAACAGAAGGGGUUCAAGCGGUUUUUCCGACGUAUGAGCAGGGCGUUUCAUCACAAGGUGUGA